AUGUAUGUGGAAGAUGCAUUUUCCACGGAAGAUGAGGACGAGCACGAAGUCUUGAUCUCGGUGGCGUCGGCGCAUCUCUGGUCCUUGGGCCAGGCAAAUGGCACAGGGUUGGAAGAAAUCUUGGGGGCCUUGUCCAAGCUGUCGACCGAUGAGCUUUGCGCGCUGAAGGAGGUUGUCGACAGGAAAAUAAUCGUGUCUGAAAAGGUCGACAUCUUGGCCCUCCUGCCCGAGGAUCUGCGGAUCGGAGUCCUCGAAUGGCUCGGCCCGGAGGACUUUUGGCCUUGUCUACAAGUCUCUGGGAGAUGGCGUCGUCUCUUAUUAGAUGCUGGCUGCAUAAAAGUCGUCUGCCGCGACCUCCACCCGGGAUUGCUCGAAAUGGUGGCUCAGGGAGCAGAGGACGUCAAAGAAGCGACGCCUUCUUCCAUUCUCGACGCCCAGAUGCGAGCUUUCAAGGAGGCCUCUUUUUAUUCCUUUUCCUGGCAUAAAGGCGACUUCGCCACGGUGUUCUUCCAGAGGCCGUGGCUCAGCAAUAUCGAGGACGGCCCCAACCAGCAGAUAUUUGGUGGUGGCAAUGGCAAGCUGGGGUCGUGCCCGCGCGAGGAGCGGCUCAUGUAUCCAGGCAUCGACGAGAACCGCUGUUUCUUUGGAGACUCGCUGUAUAGCUCCGGGCGGCUUGUGUGCCAGCCAUACUGGAAUGCCUCGACAAGCCCAGGCCCGGUUGAGUGGUUCCUCAUCGUGGACGACUUCGCAACUAGGACGCGCCGAACUUUGAGGGUGCCCCAAAUUUACGGGGAUUUGAGUAAAAGGGUUCGCUUGUUCUGCGUCGGCGACUCUCUGGUCGUCGCGCGGGACCUGACUCACCGUCGCCUGGCUAUGUGGAGCCUUUCUGAAGAAGAACAUUUCAGCCUGGCUAGGCUACCGCGCCGGAUCGACCAGGCGGUCACGGCCGGAAAUGUGGUCGUCGGGACGUAUCGGAUGGGCGGGAAUGAAGACUCGGCCGACAGCAAUGACGUUGAUGAUUCCAACGGAAUGGCAAUGUGGCGGUGGACUCGCGACGACGGGGGUCGAGUCGUUGAGUGGACUCUGGCCGAACCUGCCAACUUUGCAACCGAGCUGAUUGAGCUGCGUCGGGACUGCGUGAUGCAUGUGCACUCGAUUUUGAUACACCCUAGAGACGAGAGUAUUUUCUACUUAUUUAUCGCCUCUCUCCUCUCGGCUGAGCUGACCACGGACGAACCCGACCCGGAGCCAGUGACGAUGGCAGUGUUUGAAGUCAUUGGCAAACAAAUCUCGGGAAGAUGGAAGACGAAACUACACACUUCGUGGCUCGAUGAGCUGUCCGAUCCUGGCAACUAUGGCUUCAGGCCGAUCGACCGGCAUGGCUCAUACUCUACAGCGACAAGACAACGAGAAGGUCCACAACGCAAGACUCUGUGCCACGAAAAAGUGGUAUUUAAUAUCUACACAAAGCAGCUAACAUUGGUCUCGUCCGUGGUUCCUUUGCAUAGUCCCACCAAUUAUGGCAAAACACUACUCUGGGAAGGUAAAUACAUUACCUGGCAAGAGCAGACAAACAGGGGUGAUUCCAAAUUUGCCUUGCCCUUGGUGAUAACUCCCAGUUUUACAUCUGAGAAGUCACCACUACUGUCUCCCCGUCCGUUGAACUCUGUCCCUCAUCGGAGGUUCCCGUUUCGUCAUGAGUGUGAUAGCUGUAAAAUGCCGGCAGCCUCUGACGGGGGCAAACGUAUUGAGACGAGGUCUUGGGCUGGUUUGGGAAAAUACACCAGUCUGCACCAGACCAUGAUGGACCUGACUCCUCGGCUGAUCAACCCCAAAGACACGUGCCUAUACCCACGCGAUUGGUGGGAGGUUAGAAACCUCAGCACCUACUUGACAGAGACAUAUGCUGGCAUGCAAGCGUGCCGCCUGGACUCGGCCAUGUUCUGUGGUGAGGGCUUGGGCGACUUUGACGGAUUCCCACUACGGAAUAAUGGUAACCACGGGCCCGUCGCACUUCGUCAUGCGCUGACCCCAAGGCAUCAACAGCCGCCGUCGGAAAUCUUGACGUGGUUUCCACUGAUGUGGAUCGAUGGCAGGUACAUGGUCCUAUCGUCAUGGGAGGGAUAUAUGGUGUGGGAGUUUCGCAGCCCUCGUAUAGAGUCGCCACGAUAA